AUGUUUAUGAAACAAAUCACUGAAAUUAAGGUCGCAUUAGCUCCUUUCAACACUGCAUCCAAAUCAUCAAGAUUGUUCUUGAACCAUGUCAACACAAACAGUGCACGUAAAGUGAAUCCCACCAUCAAGAUUACUACUGAUGUGUUAUCUGAUCCUGCUGCUGCCUCUCACAUCCACGUUGUUUACCGUGAUGGUCAAAAGCUCGCCUUAGAUUCUGAUAAACUGAAGAUUAGCAACAUCUUACAAGUUGUCAACAAGCACGCAAAAAAGCUGGAGGAAAUUGAACAAGCUAAAUCAUGGUAG